AUGUCGAGUGCUGUUGCUCUGCCUGCGGCGGACUACGUGAUCUGUGGUGGUGGCACCGCUGGUCUCGUGCUCGCGAACAGGUUAUCCGAGAUCCCGUCUGUCAGCGUCGCUGUCCUCGAAGCAGGUCUCGACCGCUCAGAUGACCUCAAUGUACUGGCUCCGGGUCUCUUGACUGCCCUCUACGGCAACCCGGAUUAUGAUUGGAUCUUCUUCAGCACACCACAGCCACAUAUGAACAACCGGAUCAUGGGCCAUCCUCGUGGUAAACAAUUGGGAGGCUCCAGCGCAAUCAACUAUCUGGCAUACACUCACGCUGCGCAAAGCGACAUCAACAACUGGGGUGCUCUUGGUAACCCAGGCUGGUCGUGGGAUGAGCUAUUUCCUUACUAUAACAAGUCUGAGAUCUUGACUAUUCCUGGUAGCAAAGUCGCUUCGGAUCUGAACACAUCUUACCUCGAGCCACAACUACACGGCAUGAACGGACCGAUCAUGAAUGGUUUCCCGGACGAGUACCACCCACUUGACGAGGCAUGGCCACGAACAUAUGCCAACCUUGACAUUGCUGUCGGCUCUGACCCCAAGGAUGGCGUUGCCCUUGGUGGCUACACGCUCCUUACAAAUCUCGAUUUGCACAACAACACUCGUAGCUACGCUGCUACCGCAUACCUCAAUCCUAUCAAGUCUCGCCCAAACUUGAAGGUGUACACAAAUUCCCUGGUAACAAAGGUCAACCUCAAUACGAGCAAGCCUAUGCCUGUCGCUUCUGGUGCGAGCUUCUCCGUCAACGGCACAGCAUACACCAUCAACGCGAAUAAGGAAGUCAUCCUUAGCGGUGGUAGCUUCGGCUCUCCUCACAUGCUCGAGGUUUCUGGCAUUGGAGGCAAGAGUCUGUUGUCGUCCCUCGGCAUCGACACGGUUGUCGACAAUGCCAAUGUUGGUGAGAAUCUUCAGGACCACGUCUACAUGCCUUUGGGGUUUGAGGUUGUCGACGGCGUAUUCACUCUCGACGAGCUUGCCAACGAGACCAUCUUCAACGCGGCAUACGACCAGUACCUAGCCAACAACACUGGUCCUCUCGGUCAAGUCGCUCUUGGCGGCGCUCUACUCUCGAGCCAACAGAUCUUGCCUGACACCGUAGCACGUAACGCUUUUGUGACAGAUGUGAACACAACUGUGCAGCAGAACCCAGGAUCGACAGACUUAGAGAAGGCGCAGUACAAACUCAUCCUACAAGAUUUUUUGGCCGGCCACGAAAUCGCACAGCAUAUGAACUUUGCCAGUGGCACAAACCCGGAGUUCGCCAACGAUACGACCAAAGUCUUUGUCUCGCCCAACCCUGGCAACUUCUUCACCAUGUUAGGCGUGCUCGAGCACCCAUUCUCUCGCGGCACUGUCCAUAUCAACUCCUCUGAUCCCACAGUUUACUCGGUCAUCGACCCACACUACCUCGAGCACCCAGCCGACGUCAAGGUCCUUGCCAAGAUCGCCCUCCACAUCCAGAACAUCCUGGUCCAGACAAAGCCUCUCUCCGAUUUGCUAAUGGGCAACGGCACAAUCCUACAGCCAGUGUACAACAAGCUCACUGACGCCAACGUCGAGUCCGAGAUCCGUCGCUUGCUGCAAAGCGAGUAUCACCCAGUCGGCACAUGUGCCAUGCUUCCCAAGAAGAACGGGGGUGUCGUGGAUGCAAGGUUCAGAGUCUACGGUGUGCAAGGCCUGCGAGUCGUGGAUGCCAGUAUUUUUCCUCUGCAGCCCCGUGCCAACUUGCAGACGCUUGUCUAUGCCAUUGCCGAGCGCGCGGCUGAUUUCAUCAAAGAUGAUAUCGCGAGACCUGCGCCGCCCUCACCGCCAGUUGGGCCGCCAGAUCCUCCUACUGGUCCUCCAGGUGGUCCUCAUGGUGGUCCUGGCAAGCCGCCUGGGACCAGGAGACAAGGAGGAGGUGGUUGGUAA